AUGUAUACGAGGUAUAUCCGCAAGAAGCGCGUUGUCAAGGCCUUCCGGAGCCUACUGUCUGGCGAGGACAUUGAGCUCAAAGGUGCUUACCAGGCCUUCCAGAAAGCCGUCCAGGGCGGACGAGACAUUGUGCAAAAUGCAACGCUCUCCGCUGCUGAAAAGACGAAAUUCAACCUGCAAGCAGUCCACGUCGACGUACGGAAGACCUUGUCUGAGGUGGAGCGCUUAGUAGAGAACAUGAGCUCCGUCGCUAUUAGCACAACACAGCCUUUGAACGCCCAGGAGCGAGACGAUACUCUCAGGUGGCUCUCCAACCUUGACUUCCAACAGUAUCAAAGAGAGACCGUCGCGAAACACCACAGAGGUACUGUUCAAUGGCUAUUGAACACAGGCGCAUUUCAAGACUGGGUGCAUGGUACACAGCACUCGACCCUGUGGUGCCCCGGGAAUCCUGGUACUGGGAAGACUGUGAUGAUGUCGGCGGCAAUCUGCUAUGUUGAAGCCAAGACACAAGGCUCAAAUGCAUCAAUAGCUCACGUGUACUGCAACUACAAAGACCGUAGAACACACGACAUCUUGACCAUUUGGUCCAGCAUCAUACGACAAUUUGCGGAGCAGUGCGAUCCUUUUCCUGCCGAAGUGCAAGCCUUUCGCAAUGAGUUUAUACGAAAGAGAUCGGACCCUGUCGAGGAUGAUCUUCUCUCGCUUCUUUGUGACCUAUCGAAACGGUUCAGCAAAGCCUUUGUGUUCAUUGAUGCUUUGGAUGAAUGUCCGGAGGAAAACCGCAACGCCUUCAUCCUUUCUGCUGCAAAGGUUGAAUCUCGUAUUCGGUUGUUCAUCACUUCUCGGCCUAGUGUGGAACUCGACGGGACCUUCUCGAACCUGAGACGCGUGGAGGUCGCAGCCCAAACAGCAGACAUUCGCUCGUAUCUAGAGCACAGACUGAGUACGAAUGCGAAUAUUCGCGCGCUUUCGGUUCAGGAUCCGAAGCUAAAAAGCGUGAUACUCCAAAGGCUCCUGGAGCAGGCGAACGGAAUGGAGAUUGAGAAUAUCUGCCACAAACGACGACUUCUGGACGUUCGCAAAGCCCUCGAUACCCUCGCCAAAGACGUGCAUCAGUUUUAUGAUGACUCUUUGAGAAGGAUAGAGGAAUUGGAGGAGUAUGACAAGGACUUUGCAUUGCGCGUACUGUCCUUCGUUUUCUACGCUCGAAGACCACUAUCGAGAGAUGAGCUCAUUCAUGCCUUAAGCGUCGAGCCUGGGGCGACUGACCUGGAUAGUGAUGCCCUGUACCCGAAGGUCCUCCUCUUCUCCGCGUCUUCCGGCCUCAUUCGCGUUGAUGACAAAAGCAGUAGCGUGCACCUCGCUCAUCAUACACUGUACGAGCAUCUUGACAGGUUCUGCCAGAGGCAGCUGAUGGAUCGCGAAGGAGAGCUUGCUACGGCUUGCCUCACCUACCUCUUGUUUGAACCAUUCAGAGCCGGCCCCUGUGAUACGGUGGCAGACAUGGUUGGACGCUUAAGUCACUAUUCUCUCCUCGAGUACGCCUGCCAGUACUGGCCGUCUCAUUCGACCAAGUUCAUGGACGGCGAGGUGAAGACAUUAGCUCUUUCCCUCCUAAGCGAGAAGAGCAGGGUGGCUACAUGCGCGCAACUAUUGCAUCUUCCACGUCAUCGGGUUGGUGACUGGCAUAAGAAGUACCCCUGCGACUUCACUUGCCUUCACGCUGCGGCCUAUUGGGGCUUGGACAGAGCAGUGGUACUAUCAUUGAAAACAGGUGUGGACGUUGACUGUCAAGAUAGCAACGGCGCAACACCGUUGCUUUUGGCUGCCGAGUACGGCCAUACUGAGACAGCAACGCUGCUACUCGAUGCAACUUCUGACGUGGAUUUUUGCAACAAUCUGGGCGAGACAGCAUUGACAUUGGCGGCAAGAUAUGGCCAUGAAGCGAUCGUACGAUUGCUGCUGGAACGAGGGGCAAAUUCCCUGGCUGAAGAUGUUGAGGGUUGGACAGCGCUUCAUUGGGCGAUUAUGAGACGCCACGACAACAUCUCCAAGAUACUCCUGAGCAGAAUUGCUUCCAACCAGUCAGACAAGGUGCAACACAACAAGGCACUGGUUCUGGCGGCAGAAGCUGGCAAUCCCGCAACAAUACAAAUGCUCUUGGACGAGGGAGCGGAAGUCGACUACACCGACGAUCAAGACAGUACGCCACUGCACUGGGCUGUACCCUUGGGUCACAUAGAGGCAGCUCGCGUCCUCCUAAGCCGAGGCGCAAACCCAGGCUCAAGGGACCGCUACGAUCACACCCCAAUGCAUUGGGCUGUGCCCUACCACGCCAUUGCGCGGUUGCUCGCAAACUACGGCGCUGACGUGCGAGCUACCAAUCGGACGGGGCAAAGCGCUCUCCUUUGGGCCGCGCUUGCCGGAAUGACCGAAACAGUGGAAACGCUGAUACAGCUGGGGGCCGAAAUCGAUGGAUGCGAUCGUUACAACUUUACAGCGUUACACGCAGCAGCCCUGCAAGGACACAUUGCCAUUGUGCGUAUCCUCUUGCGUGAGGGAGCAAGUGCCGAUAAGCGCGACAUGGAUGGUUGGACAGCGCUGGACGCGGCGGUGUUGACGGGGAGAAGUGACGUGAUUGACCUGCUUAUCAGCCCUACAGACAACGGGCGUGACAUUGCUACUCAAGCUGCGAAUCGGCUGAACGACGUCGACAUGCGGUCGCUGAUGGAGGAAAUGGCAGCUAGAAAAUCGGUCGGGAGCACUGUUGUUAGUGGACUUCGUUCGGCCAUCAACAGCGAACACGACCUGCGACUGCGGGAACUACUCGCCAGUGUCGCUCAAGCUGAUAUCGACGCCGAGGACGAACUGUGUGGUUCUACGGCUCUUACUUAUGCAGCUUGGUUCGGCAAGGAGGAGAUUGUUCGCUUGCUUCUGGAUCACGGGGCAGAUGUCGACCUACGCGAACGGAGCGGCCGCACCGCGCUCCACUGGGCAGCCUGGAGCGGGUACCCGGAUAUGGUGGUGGAUCUGGUUGAGAGGGGCGCAACGAUCGAUAUAAGGGUGUUUGGAUGGACGGCAAUGCUCCUCGCAGCAAGAACGUGGCAGCAUCGAAUUGUUCUCUACCUGGUUGAGCAUGGAGCAAAUGUCAGCGCCAAAGACUUUCAUGGACGUACCGCGUUACACUGGAGCUGCAUACAUGGCGACAUCUACCUUGCUGAGGAACUCAUCCGCCUGGGUGCCAUUGUCGACGAUCGAGACCACUGUGGACAAACGGCGCUACAGUGGGCCGUGGCCGGCAGGCAUUAUUCCAUCGCAAGUAUGCUACUGCGCCGCAACGCAAAGGCCAGGUUGCAGGCGUCCGACGGAUCCUCGGCACUCCAUCUCGCAGCCUAUACCGGCCAACCGGAUGUCGCAACUCUCUUGCUAAAUUGGGAACAAAGGCAAGAAGGUCGACGGGCGGGAUGGGAGAAUACAUGUGUUGCGUGCGUGGACAGUCACAGCUUCACUGCUCUCGACAUGGCGAAGCUCACAGGCAAUCUGCAUGUGGCGGAAAUCCUCUCACGGCAGUACACGAAUGGCCACACCCACAACGACUCUCACAGCCUUAUCACCAACGGGCAAUGGGCGGGUGGUUCACGAACUCAGGGUCAACUCAGAGCACCACCAUUAGAUAUCGCAAAAGAGGAAGAAGACGACUACGUCAGCGCCGAUAACUUCGCUGACGGCCUAGGAAGAAGACUCAUCGGCCGUCAGGCACGCCAGUGGCUGCGAGAGAGACAAAUGAGCGCCAGCCUCUCUUCGCCAUCCACUGGAUCUGCCUUUGGUAUCUCGAACGUCCCUGGUCCUGUUCAACAUACAGAUUCGGGAAGCAGACCGUCCAGCUGA